UUGUGGCUCGGCGGCCGCCGGGAGCGGAGUUCCGGGCCGGCCGGGAAUGGGGACGAGGCGCUCGGGCUGCCCGUGUUAGCUGCAGCUGUGUGCGCCGCGCUGUGCGUCCGCUCGCUGAGCAGGCGCAACGAGGGCGCGGAGACGGCCCCGUGGGCGCCCGGGUCUCGCCUGCCCUCGUCGCUGACGGCUGGGAGGGACGGAAGCACGGCGAGCCGAAGCACACGCGUAGGCGAGCCCCCGAACCGGGCUCCCCUUCAUCCCCCUCCGUGCUCCCGCCGAGCCCCUGCCGGGAACUGAGAAAUGAGCUGCACAAUUGAGAAGGCACUCGCUGAUGCCAAAGCCCUUGUGGAGAGGCUGAGGGACCAUGACGACGCCGCAGAGUCUCUCAUCGAGCAGACCACGGCCCUCAGCAAGCGAGUGGAAGCGAUGAAGCAGUAUCAGGAAGAAAUCCAAGAACUUAAUGAAGUUGCAAGACAUCGGCCAAGGUCUACACUAGUUAUGGGAAUCCAGCAAGAAAACAGACAGAUCAGAGAAUUGCAACAAGAGAACAAAGAACUGCGGACAUCAUUGGAAGAACACCAGUCUGCCUUGGAACUGAUAAUGAGCAAGUAUCGAGAACAAAUGUUCAGAUUGCUAAUGGCCAGCAAAAAAGAGGACCCAGGUAUAAUAAUGAAGUUAAAAGAGCAGCACUCAAAGAUUGACAUGGUACAUCGUAGCAACUGCGAAGGAGUCUCCCUUGACGCAACUCGGCACACCCUUGAAGCACCUCAGCAUGGACUGGAGAGGCGGCACUUGGAAGCAAAUCAGAAUGAGCUGCAAGCACAUGCUGACCAGAUCACCGAGAUGGCAGCAGUGAUGAGAAAAGCCAUCGAAAUUGAUGAACAGCAGGGUUGCAAGGAACAGGAGCGAAUAUUUCAACUUGAACAAGAAAACAAAGGCUUGAGAGAGAUCCUUCAGAUAACACGAGAGUCCUUUCUGAACCUUCGGAAGGAUGAUGCGUCAGAGAGCACAUCUUUAUCUGCACUAGUGACUAACAGUGACCUGAGUCUGAGGAAGAGCUGAGUUGCUUUCUGCGUGGUCCCUAGGAUGGGCCCAGAAGUGAGUGUAUGAAUGACCAUAAAACCCAACUUCAGUCAGCCUUUUUCCCUCUAUAGUAUGUACAAGUACACUGGCAAAGAGACAGAACAGAAGAAUGUAUCAUCAGUGGUCAUAAACUAGAUCCCAGCACGUAAAAGACAGGAGAAGCUGAGCCUGAGUGAACCGUGAGCACCCUCACCGUGCUGCUGAGCACCUCAGUUUCAGAAGUGCAGUUGGCUUUCUGGAUGACACAUGGGUCACCCUGAACACCCCAAUAAACAUUUGGAAAUCCUAAAUUAUCGCAGCUUUAAAUGUUAAGUCUGCUGUUGUAUUCUGCAUGGAAGACUUUGUUCUAAGUCUUGUCCUUCCUGUUGAGUGUCAGAACAGCUUGUGUACCACAAGGCUUCCUGUUUGUUCAGUCUGUCAGACAGCUCAAGGUUAAAGGUUUUGAGUGUGUUACUCACACUACAAACAGCAUAUACUCAUACUAUUUCUAGUUCCCAUGACUUCCAGCUAACAGUUAUCCAUGACUUGCUGGAGUGUAUACAGUACCAUCUCAGGAAGGAAAGAGAAAGGAGUAUUACUUUCUAAGAAAGACAGCCGUAUAUAGACACAUUUAGUAGGUUAAACUACUUUGACAAAAAAUGUUUUGGUUCUGGGUUAACAAUGAAACUGUCCUCUCUACUUGCUGCUAAGGAUAGGAAACUCACUAGUGAACAGUUGACAUAUUUAGUGUUAACACAAGAUGGGUAUAGUCCUCUCCAAGUAAAUUUGGAAUUCCUUUGUUUUUAGUUAAGAAAUUACUCUUCAAAUACUUAAAAAGUAGAUGCGGGACUGGAGAGAUGGCUCAGAGGUUAAGAGCACUGACUGCUCUUCCAGAGGUCCUGAGUUCAAGUCCCAGCAACCACAUGGUAGCUCACAACCGUCUGUAAUGAGAUCUGGUGCCCUCUUCUGGCCUGCAGGAAUAUGCAAGCAGAACACUAUAUACAUAAUAAAUAAAUCUUAAAAAAAAAGUAGAUGCAUGUUCUAAAAACAAAGUUCUGGGUCUCAGUUCCAUUUGGUUCUUAUAACCUGUGAGGUUUUCCUUUCAACCUGUGACUCAGAAAAGGGCAGUGACUGAGGAGACCCACAGACAUUUUCCUUGGCAUUUAAAAACAUUGUAUUUACAGCCAGGCAGUGGUGACGCACACCUUUGAACCCAGCACUUGGGAGGCAGAGGCAGGAGGAUCUUUCAAGGCCAGCCUGGUCUGCAGAGCGAGUUCCAGGGCAGCCAAAGUGGUUAUACAGAAAAACCCUGUCUCAAAAACACAAACAAAAAUACCAUAUUUACAGUAUGAAAAGCUUUUGAAGGCCACAAGAUACAGAAGUGUGCUUUAACACCAAUUGAAACCUAAUUGUUCUUAUUGUGUAGUGAUCAGAAUAAAAGGAUAAAAGAUUGUGAAAUAUGAUUAAAAUAUGCUUGUGUGUCAUACAUAUUAAAAUUAGCACAAAUAGAAAGUUCUACUUUUGAGUAUAUCAUUUGUUAAAUAUUGCUUUGCAUUGUAAUUUGAUGUGAAAUUUCAUGUAUUGGCAAAAUUCAAAGGACUUCUCACUUGAGAAAUUUUCAGUCUUAACUUUGAGGUGAGUGGGGUCACAGGGCUAUUAGGAAGGGCCAGUGCCCUAGACGUUAGACAGUUCUCAUGCGGAGGCCUUAACGUUUUAUACAUGAAUUUAUUUUUAAGAUUUUUCUAUUGGUUUUUGGAGAGUGCGCCUUAAUUUAAUGGUAAUUUGUUCACGUAGUUUUACCCCAGGCCGGAAUUUUAAGAAGACAGGCUGCACUGUUGAGAUGAGUCAGAGACAAUGCAUUGAGCAGCUCUACUGUAAAGUGUUACUUGAGAAGUAAUUAUUUUUAUAAAAAAAUUACUUAUCCUUUGUCUUCUUGAAUAUAAUUUUAAGGUUGUGAGUAUUGAAAUACAUUUGCCUUGUUUUUAGCAAGUUUUCCCCUCCCCUGCCCCCAAAACAACUUUAAGCUUACACCUCGGAGUGUGUGCUGAAGAGGAGCCCUAUUUUAAUAAAGACGAGUGCUUAAAACUGG